AUGGAGAAAGGAGAAGGGGGAAAUCAAACAUUUGUCACAGAAUUCAUCCUGAUGGGAUUUGGGAAUCUUCCUGAACUGCAAAUUCUUUUCUUCCUGCUGUUUCUAGUGAUCUACAUAGUCACCGUGGCUGCAAACACUCUCAUUGUAGCACUAGUUGUGACCGAUCAGCACCUUCACUCCCCCAUGUACUUCUUCCUGGGAAAUUUGUCCUGCUUGGAGAUCUGUUGCAACUCAACCAUCCUUCCCAGGAUGCUGGCCAGUUUCCUGACUGGGGACAGGACCAUUUCUGUUACAGGCUGCAUUGUGCAGUUUUAUUUGUUUGGUUUCCUAGUGACCACUGAGUGUUAUCUGCUAGCUGUGAUGUCUUAUGAUCGAUACUUAGCGAUAUGUAAACCCCUGCACUAUGUCACCCGUAUGAAUGGCAGGUUCUGUAUCCAACUAGCAGCUGGAUCAUGGCUAAGUUCAUUCAUAGUUCUUACCAUAUUAAUGUGUUUGGUGUCACAAUUAGCCUUCUGUGGCCCUAAUGAAAUUGAUCAUUUCUUUUGUGACCUCAGCCCAGUGAUCAAUCUCUCCUGCAGCGACACCAGUCUGGUGACACUAGCGACCCUCAUAUUCUCCUCCAUAGACACUGUUCCCCCAUUUCUGUUGACCCUGACAUCUUAUGUUUACAUCAUCUCCACCAUCCUGAGAAUCUCUUCCACCUCUGGGAGGCAAAAGGCAUUUUCCACCUGCUCCUCCCACCUUAUUGUGGUUACAAUCUUCUAUGGGACCUUAAUGAUUGUCUACAUGUUACCAAACACUGGUGCACUCAGAGCCCCAAACAAAGUAUUUUCUGUCUUCUACACGGUCUUGACACCCCUGAUCAAUCCCCUCAUCUACAGCCUGAGAAACAAAGAGGUCAAGGAGGCCCUGAGGAAAUUAUUCCAUUGCAAACCUCCCUACAUCCUAGCUCAACAUUUACAUAUGGCAGCAGAAGCCGCAUUCAUAUCCCUACCGCUUUACCCAGGAAGACAGUAA